GCCGCUACCCGAUAGUCGCAGUUCCUCAACGAACGGGUGUGUGACUGUGCCCGCCGGUCUGUGGAUUGGGUUCACAUUACCCUCUCCACACAUGAUGGAUCAUAAGAAAACAGAACCAGACCUUUCCUAUCGCAACGGAAUUGCUCUGUAUGGAGAAUUCACAGCCAUUGAAAACCGAAAAGUCAGGUACGCCGUGAGUCUAACAGAGAGGGACCUCACCAUUCAAAAGAUCACGUCCACGCCGGCGGGACGGAGCAAGGUGGUUUACAACUUAAAAGACUGUGUCGGUUGCCGGGCUUACAGGGGAGAUGACAACACCGACACUGCAGCGUACUUCUCUGCUUUUUUCUACCCGUUCAAAAAACGCUGGAUGAGUUCUGGGUUGUCACGUCAAAGGCUCGAGCAGUGCUUUCGGGUUGAACUGCUCCAAGACUCGCGUGCCAACCUGGAAGAGGCAGAGAGAUGGGCUCGCGCCAUCCGUGACAGCUCAGUUCGACACCAACAUCUCAGAAACGGUGUUGAGUUCAGUGAGGUGCGCCGGCCGUGCAGGGUGAUGCUGCUGGUCAACCCCCAGAGCGGGAAGGGAGACGCCCUCAGCCUCUUCACCGGCCACGUCCAGCGCAUGUUCCAUGAGGCCGGCAUCCCGCACACUCUGGUCAUCACAGAACGUCAGAACCAUGCCAGAGAGCUGGUUCGCGAGGCUGAUCUCUCCCAGUGGGACGCCCUGGUGAUCAUGUCUGGAGACGGCCUCCUGUUUGAGGUGGUGAACGGUCUGAUGGAGAGAGAGGACUGGCGAGAAGCCAUCCAGAUCCCCCUAGGGAUCCUGCCUGGGGGGUCAGGGAACGCCCUGUCAGCAUCCAUACACCACUACUCUGGGGCCCAGGCGGUGUCGCGCGAGGAGCUGCUCGUCAGCUGCGGCUUCCUGCUGUGCAAGGGCCUGGUGGGCCGCAUGGACCUGACCUCGGUCCACCUCUCCUCCAGCCGCCGCCUCUUCUCCUUCCUGUCGCUGGCCUGGGGCUUCGUGGCCGACGUGGACGUGGAGAGCGAGAAGUACCGGCACGUGGGCGCCGCCCGCUUUACCGUGGGCACCCUGGUCCGGCUCGCCUCGCUCCGCGUCUACCAGGGCAAGCUGGCGUACCUGCCCGCGGAGGCGGAAGAGGAGCGCCCCGUGUCCAUCGAGGUGUCGCCGCAGCGCCCGCCCCCCUCGGCGUUCUGCCCCGCCUCCCUGCUCUGCGGGCCCGCGCACGACUCGCCCGCCCCCAAGGCCACGCACACUCUCCACAACUCCUGCCACUCCAACAACUCCUUCAAGGGGAAAAAGAACGAGGCGAUGCCCGGCCACAGGGCCCUCACGGGGCCGCCCGACUCCCUCCUGGUGCCCCUGGACCAGCCUGUGCCCAGUGACUGGGUGGUGGUCAAGGAGGAGGACUUUGUCCUCAUGUUGGCCAUGUACCAGACCCACCUGGCGGAGGACCUGCUUGCCGCGCCCCAAGCCAGCCUGGAGGACGGCAUCAUCCACCUGUUCUACGUCAGAGCGGGCAUAUCUCGUACGGCGCUUCUCCGACUCUUCUUAGCCAUGGAGAAGGGCAUGCACAUGGCCACCAACUGCCCGCACAUGGUCUAUGCCAAGGUGCGGGCACUGAGGCUGGAGCCGUAUUCGCCCAAGGGGGUGAUCACGGUGGACGGGGAGGCGGUGGAGUAUGGGCCUGUGCAGGCCCAGAUACACGGAGGGCUAGCUAGGCUAAUCACGGGCUAGGUUAGGGAUUGGUGCCGCGGAGCUAGGCGAGGCAUUUCUUUGCACUUUCCAUAAAGGUGAGGUCGGAAUUUUGCCGUCGAAACCUUUGACAUGCAAGUGCCAUGGUUCCAUGGCUAAACUCUUUCGAAGGAUACACUCUGAAUCA